AUGGCACGGCAACGCUGCAGCUUGACAGUCCUCACCGUUCUCGUGUUCGCGUUGUCUUCUCAUUCGGUAACGCGCUCAUCGGCCACCGAAACUUACGAUGUGCUCUUUUACUCCGCCGGACCCUACACCCCGUGCGGCACGUCGGGUAACUUCUCCGCGGUCGGCGUGCAAGGCGCAUUAGAGCCGUACAAGGGAGAGGCGGCAUCGCCUAAAGGACAAGCGAUAUCGGGGCGAGUGACCAUUUACGAUGACUGCUACUUCGCGCUCUCAGAUCUCAGCGACCAUCGCUCCUCUCUCGACUCACACUUCCACCCAUCCCCUCCUCUUAAUCCUUUCCCCCUGCCACCCGUCCACUCCCUUCCCCACGCCCCGCUUCGCAGCAUUGGCACGGCCGUGGACGCGCCACUGUCCAUCUGGGCGGGCCCCAAGGACGUCGACCCCUACUCGCACGCCGCGCCCGUCGACCCCUACGCCGCCUCCUCCUUCCCCGCCUCCGCCGCCUCCGCCUUCGCACCGGCCAGCACCACAUUCAACCUCACGGCGACGUCGCUGAUGGCAGUGUUUCUGCAGGCGGGCGGACUCACCUGGGACGAGGCGCAGGUGCUUUACCUCUGCGCUGGGUCCGCCUCCGCGGGAAUCACGCGGAUCUACGCGCAGUUCGCGGUGGGCGGGCGGGAACACGCGGGCCCGCACGGCAAGACCGUGCGGUGGGUGCGGAAGACGGUCGGGGCGGCCGCGAGGGAGCAGCGCCUGCUCUUGCCGUCGCCCCCCGCUCGCCCGCCCCCUCCGCCCCCCAAGCCGCCUGCGCCGGGCAGCAGCGGGCCGUCCGUCGGGCUGACCAACUGCGUGGAGGCCGUGCCAGGGCGGCUGAACAUAUACUGGACCGUGCAUCACGGCGACUCGGACGCAGGUGCCGCGGGACCGCCGCAAGACGUGUCCGCAGUCACCGGGUCCUCGACCGCGCCCGGCAGCAGCAGCGCUGGCAGCGGCGCCGGCGGCGGCGGCGGGGGGAAGGGGCCGGUGGUGGAGAUAGGGAUGGAAGCGCGCGUGGGCGAGGGGUCGUGGGUGGCGGUGGGCGUGUCGCGCAACCAGACGCGCUUCGCCAUGCUGCAGAGCGACGUGACGGUGGGCGGCGUGCUGGCGGGCGGCGGAGGGGUCUUUGCGCGCGACUACCACGUCACGGCCAAGCAGACGUGCCAGCAGGUCGCGGGCGGCUUUGUCGGCGUGUGCGAGGACGCGCUGCUGGGCUCCUCCCCCACGUCCCUCAACGACGUGACCCUCGUCUCCGCGUCGCGCCGCGCUGACGUCACCUUCAUCCGCUUCACCAAGCCCGCGGCCACGGGGGACGACCGCUUCGACGCCAACCUGCUGCGCGCGCCGGGCCUCUCCGCGCUCUGGUGGGUCGUCUUCGCGGCGGGCCCGCUCGCCCCCGCGUCCAACGCCGCCGCGCCCACGCUGCUCUUCCACGACCCCGUGCUGGGGUACUUCUCUGGCGGCACGCGCAUCCCCUUCGCGCCGCCCGCGCCCAUCCGCACCUGCUCGCCCCUCUGGGGCACCAAGCCCGAGUACCACCCCCCGCUCCCCCCGUACGCUCCCCCGCCUCCGCCCGGAGCCGCUGCCCCGCCCCCGCCUGGCGCGGACGCGGCGGGGGGCGUGGCGGGGAUGCCGGGGCUGCGCGAGUGCAGCACGGCGGUGGGCGGGCAGGUCUACGCGUUCGACGCGUGCGACGCGCUGCCCGGCGGCUUCCUGCUGAUGUGGUCGCUCGCGGGCAUCACGCUGCGCGCCGCGUUCGUCGCGCAGGCCGUGCCCGACGGCGGGUACGCCGCCGUGGGCCUCUCGCCCUCCGGCGCCGUCGCCAACUCGAGCCUGCUCGUCGUCUCGUACGCGCACGCGGAGCGGGGUGCCGGGAAGGCCGCGGGCGCGGGGGCAGGCGGGGCGGAGGUGGAGGUGGGGCAGGUGGUGGUGCGCGCGGGUGCGCGGGGCGUGGGCGUGGAGGCGGUGGGGGGGGGGGAUCUGACGGUGGUGAGCAGCGUGGGGCAGGCGCGGAACGGCGCGCUGACGCUGCUCUUCUCGCUGCUGCUGCUGCCGAACCAGACGGCCGCGGCGUACCUCGUGUGGACCAAGGGGCAGCGCGCGCAGCUCUCACUCCCUGCUGCCAUUGCGGCCAACGACACGGGGGGGGUGCUGUCGCUCGAUGGGCUGGACGCGCUGAUGACGUCAGCCAUCAGCUUUGAACGCGGCAAGCCGAAAGACGACUCCAACGACACCAUCCGGCUGUGGAAGAUUCACGGCAUAAUCAGCACGGUGGCGUGGGCGUUCCUCAUGCCGCUGGGCGUGAUGGCAGCGCGCUACCUGCGCCAGGUGUACGCGCGCUGGUUCCCCGUGCACCAGGCGCUGCACCUGGCUGCCGCGUCGCUGGGCACGGUGGCAUUCACCAUGGCUCUCACCAUGCCGCACGGCGCCAUCCAGGGCCGCGCCGAUGAGGCGUCACGGGGGGCGUGCGUGGUGGCGCACACGGCCAUGGGUAUCACGCUCAUGGUCAUCGCCGCACUGCAGGUGGGUGGGGUGGGAUGGGGGUCGCUGGCUCUGUCGGCGCUGGUGUGGCGGCCGCACGAGGACAGCAAGUGGCGCCCGUACUGGCGGAGGGUGCACGCCGUGGGAGGCGCAGUGGCGCUGGUGCUGGGGCAGGCGCAGGUGCUGGUGGGGCUGUUCAUCUCCGCGGCCCCGCUCUUCUACACCGUGCUGCUGGCCGCCUGGCUCAUCUUUGCGCUGCUGCUCACCACCGCCCUCGAGCUCCACUUCUUCCCCACCUUCUACCGCCUCGCCCACUGCUGGGACUGCCUUCUGGGCGGCGACGCUGACGUGGCGUCUGACGUGGACAGCCUCUGCGCGUCCAGUGAGAGGCUGGCGGGUGGCGCGGCCAGGAAGGGGGCGGCGGCGGAGGGGGCAGGCGGCGAGGGGGGGAAGGGUGCAGCAGGGGGGUGGAUGGCGGGAGUGGUGGCGGUGCUGCGGCGCAGCAGGGGCGCCGGCAUGCUGCCUGAGCGGCCCAGGGGGCGAGGGAGGACGGCCAAAGGGGGGAAAGGUGAGGGGAGGCAAAGGGGAAGACGAGGGGUUGUGCAAGGGCGAGCGGGGGCGAGUGAGAGGGCGGGGAGAGGGGGCAGUGUGGGAGCGGGGCACAGCGGGUACAUGAGCAUGGCGGGCGCCAACGCUGCCACCGACCGCCGCUCCAAGGAGCUGCUGCCCGCUCUCCCACCCCCACACCCUCCCCGGCCCCUGCCACCCCCUGUGCUGUCGGCCCUGCCGCACUCAAAAGCACCUGCACCCCCCACCGCUGGUGGCGCUGCUGCUGCUGCUGGUGGCGGGAUUGGCACAGAGGGGGCAGGAGCUGAUGGGGGGAGAGCGAAGGGGGUGGAGGCACGGGCGGGGACGUUUGGCCAAAGCCAGACGGUGGCAGAGGGGGGUUGCAGAGAGGCUGGCGGCACUCUCGACCGUGGCGCUGCUGCUGCUGCUGCCGCUGCUGCCACUGCUGCCGCUGCUGCCACUGCUGCCGCUGCUGCCACUGCUGCCGCUGCUGCCACUGCUGCCGCUGCUGCCGCUGCUGCCACUGCUGCCGCUGCUGCUGCCACUGGUGACACUGUUGGUGGUGGCAGUAGUUCAGGUGCCAGCAGCCAACCACGAGGUGUGUGGGCGGGUGGAAUGGCAGCAUGGAAGGCGGAGGAGGCAGCGAGAGAGAGAAGGGGAGAGGGAGUGAGGGAGGGAGUGAGGGAGGGAGUGAGUGAGUACAUCCGCACGGACAAGUACAAUGUACGGGCCACGGUGGUGAGGGCGCCCGACCUUGCUGUGCGAGGGAGAGCCGCCCGGCACGGUGGGGCAGGUGCAGCAGCAGGUGGGGUGGGGCCGGGCAGCACAGUGGGCAAGGCGGGUGAGUCAGCGCAAUAA